AUGGCAAAAUAUCAAGUAGCAAAAAGAGUAGUUGUAGGAGUCUCUGUUGUAGGAUUGUUUUUAAAGACAUACGCUGCUUCUAGAAUGGCAAUGCCUGCAAUAUCAGGGCCGAUGUCGCAGAUGUGCUCUUCACAGUUCAUGAAAGGCACGAAUGUUUUAGGAUCCAUGGGGAUUAAUGGAAUGGGUGGUAUAGGAAAUGCAUUCCAGGUGGGCAUGCCAUCUAUUUGUCUUAGAGAGGGAAAGGAUGAUCCUAAUCAAGUUAAGAUGCACCCUCUCGUUAAAAAACUCACCCGAAUGAAGGCAGUGGACUCUCUUCUAAACUUGGACGAUACAAAUUGCACUAUUGGAAAGGUGUCAUCAAAGAGUCAGAUCUGCCAUCUCUUUAAAUUAAUCAAAAGAAAAACCAACACACCAGAAAAAGCAGUUAGUAUUAUUGCAAAUACUGUCUCCUUGGAAGACACCAAGGGUGUUAGUGCAAUGUUUUUGUAUGAGCCAUUUGGCAUUCUGGAUAAAAAGAAGAAGAAGAAGAGAACAAUUGCAGAGAUUAUUGGGCCAGCAAACUCAAACACAACCCUGAAUGAGUUUGAUGACAUUCUCAAGAGAAAUGGUGGCCGUGCAGCACGUAAGAGAAGCAAGUGUGAGGAGUGCUUGAAGUCUCUUAAGAAUGAUCUUGCUACAACUGAUUUGGAGUGCGAUCCAUGCGGCGAAACAAUCAAUAUUCCUUUUGGCAUGAUGGCAGGUGCAGCAUAA